AAUACAAAGCUGUGUUUAACAGCAUGUAGCCGCAGCGUUGAACUCCAGCAGAACCGAGAACCGGACCCGAAAUUUACCCGUCCUUUUUAACCUUUUAAGACUUCAUAAACCGACAGAAAAAAGUCUACAGAUAUGGGAGUCCCGGCGUUUUUCCGCUGGCUAAGCCGGAAGUACCCGUCAAUCAUCGUCCACUGUUUGGAGGAGAAGGGGAAAGAGUGUAAUGGAGUUCGGAUCCCAGUGGACACGACCAAGCCCAAUCCUAACGAGGUGGAAUUUGAUAACCUGUACUUGGACAUGAACGGGAUCAUUCACCCGUGUACGCACCCUGAAGACAAGCCUGCGCCUAAGAAUGAAGAUGAAAUGAUGGUUGCUAUUUUCGAGUACAUAGAUCGGUUGUUUAACAUCGUGCGUCCCAGGAGGGUUCUCUACAUGGCCAUUGAUGGAGUGGCUCCACGGGCCAAAAUGAACCAGCAGCGCUCUCGGCGGUUCCGUGCCUCCAAAGAAGGAGUUGAGCUUACAGACGAGAAGAAUCGUAUGAGGGAGGAGAUCAUCCAGAGAGGAGGCUAUCUUCCUCCGGAGGAGAUAAAGGAGAGGUUUGACAGCAACUGCAUCACUCCUGGAACAGAGUUCAUGGACAACCUGGCUCAGUGUCUACGUUACUAUGUGGCAGACCGCCUCAGUAACGAUCCAGGAUGGAAGAACGUUGUUGUCUUCCUGUCUGACGCCAGUGUUCCAGGUGAAGGAGAGCACAAGAUCAUGGAUUUCAUCAGGAGACAGAGAGCUCAGCCCAACCACGACCCCAACACGCACCACUGCCUGUGUGGAGCCGACGCGGACCUCAUCAUGCUGGGCCUGGCCACACACGAGCCUAACUUCACCAUCAUCAGAGAGGAGUUCAAACCCAACAAGCCGCGACCCUGCUCGCUCUGCGGACAGAUGGGGCAUGAGAUCAAGGACUGUCAGGGCGUGGCCCGGGAGAAGCAGGGGCAGCACGAUGAGUUUGCAGACUCGAUGCCUGCAGCCGAGCAGGAGUUCAUCUUCAUCAGGCUCUGUGUUCUGCGAGAGUACUUGGCCAGAGAGCUGACCAUGGCCAGCCUGCCGUUUCCUUUUGACUUCGAGAGGAGUGUCGACGACUGGGUCUUCAUGUGCUUCUUUGUAGGAAACGACUUCCUGCCACAUCUUCCAUCCUUGGAGAUCAGGGAGGGAGCGAUAGACCGGCUGGUGAACAUCUACAAAGAUGUUGUGCACAAAACAGGAGGCUACCUGACUCAGAAUGGAUACGUCAACCUGGAGCGAGUGGAGAUGAUCAUGCAGGCUGUGGGUGUGGCAGAGGACAACAUCUUCAAGAAACGCAAAGAGGACGAUGAAAACUUCAAGAGGAGAAACAAGGAGAAACGGAAGAGGAUGAAAGCCCAGCAGCAGGGUCCUGCCUUCAUGACCACCGGCCAGUUUGCCCCUCAGGCCCUGGGGAGAAGAGACCGUCCUGAACCAGUCCAGAAUGCUCGGUACCAGGCCUGUGACAUGAGGAUGCAGUCUGCAGAGCAGCACAACAAGGAUGCUGCUCAGUCCCUGAAGUCCUUGAUGAGGAACGGAGGCAAGUCGUCUGCAGGCGUCAGUGAUGGCCCAGACAGCAGAGGAGUGAAAAGGAAAGCCGAGGACAGCGACAGCGAGCCGGAGCCUGAAGACAACGUCAGGCUGUGGGAGGAGGGCUGGAAGCAGAGAUACUACAAGACCAAGUUUGAUGUGGACGUGUCCGACGAGGGUUUCAGGAAGAAGGUCGUUCAGUCCUACGUGGAGGGUCUGUGCUGGGUGCUGCGCUACUACUACCAGGGCUGCGCCUCCUGGAAGUGGUAUUUCCCAUUCCACUAUGCUCCGUUUGCCUCGGAUUUCAAAGACAUCAAAGCGAUGUUCUCAGAGUUCGAGAAGGACACGAAGCCGUUUAAACCUCUGGAGCAGCUCAUGGGAGUGUUUCCUGCCGCCAGCGGUAACUUCCUGCCGCCGACAUGGAGGAACCUGAUGAUGAGCGCGGAUUCCUCCAUCAUUGAUUUCUACCCUGAUGACUUCGCCAUCGACCUGAACGGGAAGAAAUACGCCUGGCAGGGUGUGGCCUUGCUGCCGUUUGUGGAUGAACGUCGUCUGAGGGCAGCUCUGGCUGAAGUUUACCCUGACCUGACCACCGAUGAAGUGAGAAGAAACAGUUUGGGAAGCGACAUUUUGUUUCUGGGGAGGUCUCACCCGCUGUUUGACUUCAUCCAUGAGCUGUACCGCUCAGAGACCCGUGAGGGAGCCGUGGUCCCUGCUGAGCUCUGCCAUGGGAUCCAAGGAAACUUGAACCUUGAUGACAAUCCAGUCCUACCAGAUGAGACGGUGAAGUCACCCAUCCCAGUGCUGCGGGACAUUUCACACAACAGCUCCAUCAAUGUGAAGUUCAUGGAUCCUCAGUACGCUGAAGGCUUUGUGUUCAAAGCUGUGCUGCUGCCAGGAGCAAAGAUGCCCACCAAGGUGCUGAAACCAGAGGACUAUGAGAGGGGGAACCGGGGCCCAUGGAGACCCCAGCUGGGCUUCAACCCCAACAGACAGCAGGCCCACCUGGACCAGUCAGGCUUCAGAGCACUGGGUCACAGUCUGAACCGAAACCAGCAGCUUGGAGGACAGUACAGUAACGCACCGCCUCCCAGCAGCUACCAGCAGGGGAGCUACAACCGUCCUGCUCACGGCAGCAGCCACCAACACUUCCAACAUUCCAGGCAGAACACCAUGCCGCGAGCGCCGGCCUCCUUCAGCAGCGUCCCACCCCAGUUUCCGAGGCAGCCGCAGCAGUACAGAAGCGGGGGCCCCUCUGAGGGCCACGGCUGGGAUCGGACCCUCCAGGCUCAGCAGUCUGCGUACCAGCAGAACCUCAGACGCGGAGGAGCGGCGCCAAGCGGCUACGAGCAGCGCUACGAUCAGCGCAGAGACGACUGGAGCAAUCGCCGUGACAACCGGGGCCAAGGGCAGCAUCAUCAGGGCUUCUCCUCCGGCAGGGGAUACCCUCCUCCUCCUCCAUCCCAGCGUUAUCACUGGAAUUAAAGUGAUUUAUGGGAAUUUUUUUAAUACUUUUUUUGUCCAUUGUACAAUAUUUUCCCUUUUUAAAACCAGCUUGUAUAAUGUGUGCCGUUUAUGAAGUCCGUUUAAUCUGUUUUUCCAGGUGAGAUAAUAGUCCAAAUGUUUGUUUCUGAGAGAAAAUGUCUCCAAUAAAAAUGACGGAAUAAAACAAAUGUUGCUGGAA